AUGAACGUGGAGUUGGACCCAUCCUCACCACCGCAACCUCACGAGUCUCACUAUACGUGGAAUAGCAUCCUCCUUGAAAGAUGGCUUUCAGACAUGUCUGAGGAGUAUGUACAAGAAGAGAGUCGACAACGUUUGCGCAACGCCGUGGGGUUGUUUCCUUUACCCAUAUUACACAUUCCGAGUGCGUUACACUUGUUGGAUUGCGGUGAAGAGGUCCUGCGUUUGUUUGCAGCCUCAGAAAUGACCACCACUGGACCGAAGUACUCCCCCACUCCGCUCAGGGCAGAAACCCGAAUAAAAUACGGCGGUGUUAAUGUCGAUGAUAGAGAAAGUGCUGCCGCACCGCUGUUUGCCUCGCCUUUUCGCUUUGCCAGGACUGAAGCUUUUCAUAAGCGAUUGCGUGAACAGGCUAACAACAGGGAUAUCAGAGCCGUUGUGGAAAAACGCUGCCAUGGAUUCCAUUCUGAAGAAGUUCUUGCUGAGUCGGCAUUAUCGCGGGCGGGGCCCAGCACGAGGGCUGCGCGGGGACAACGGAAGCCACAGAGACCGCCUUCCCCGCCGAAAUCGUUUCAACCAGAGCUACAAGUGGGCGGUCUUGAUCUCCACUCACGGCGAGGCAUCAAGUCCAAUAUGCGGAUGUCCAUCGUUGGUGGUCAGAGGCAAGACCCCAACACCUAUAUCUUAGGGUCAUUGGCUACUCGUAUCAUGGAAAACGAUAAUGUAUUAAAUGAGUUACUCCUCGGAGACGUAUCGAUGUGCUCUGCUGAAGAUCCUACAGUCCCUUCGUCACAUUUGUGUCCAACAUCAGUCACUACGAGUAUUGCCUGCAAGGGGGACGUGACUGCGAACGGUACACCACAAACACUACCCUUUUCUUUAGGUUCGUCAACAUUAAAGGAGCUGCGGGACCGGUGCGCGGCCAAUGGUCUGUUACUUUCAGGAACCAAAAGCGAUCUCUACCAUCGCUUAAUGCUAUUCCAAGAGCGCCAAAGGCCCGAUAUGUGGACAGGGCUGCCGCACCAACCCAUGGACGUGGCCCUUCCCACUACCGUAGUUGGCCCUGUUAACGGUGACUGUUCCACAGAUCCACUAGAGAAACGGUCACCAUCGCCGUCGCCGCCACCACGUUUUGAUUCGCUUUCUCACCCCUCAGCCGCUUCUCCCACCAUUUCACAGCUGAGGGAGGUUUCGAAUGGGUUAUUUUCAUUCAGUAGGGAGGACUUAUCACUGUCGUCGUCGUCACCUCCUCCUAAACGCACCGUUUUCCGGUAUCAUUCCUGUAAAAGCAAACCACCUUUAAACCAUAGCGAAGCUAACCAAGUUCACUCCAGGACAAACGAUUUGGGGUUCACUGAAAGGAAAAUUCUUCAAGUCCCACCACAGGACGGCACGACCCUGGAACAGGGCCUUUCACCUUGUAGACGCGUUGUUCCUACGCCUGAAAUUUUCAUUCAGGAAUUGCUCAAUAACCCACUGCGAUCAAACCGCCCCCGACUACUCCCACACGAGAAGUCUAGGAGACCCUGUGGUCUGCAUGGCGGAGUGAUGUCUCAGGAUAGGGUCACUGCGUGUAAACCCGUGACGACGGAAGGGCCUCAAUGGCAGUGGCUAGUGGACACCCGCGAACGAGUUCGUGGCAAACACAAUGGCAUGCUUGCGUUGCUCGAACAGCAACACGUCCCCUGUGCAUCCUGUAUGCUACCAUGUGGGGACUUUAUGCUAAACGUCAACGUGGGGACGUUUGAAGCUGAGGAAGACACCGCUCAGGACCAAUGUCGGAGCGUUGAUGCGAACAGCCGUGGUGGGGUCCAGAACGAUGCGACAUGGACUGUGCCUCAAGAUUUGUCACAGUCGAUAUCAACUUUCUCCCUACCACUGUUUCCGUACCUUUGUUCGCUUGUUGUUGAACGUAAGACGGUAGCUGACCUUGAUGCCAGUAUUAAAGGCAAUCGUUAUCUUGAGCAGCGUAACCUACUUCUUCGCUCACGUUUCCAGCUCAUAGUUUGGCUGAUUGAGGGGUCAGAGGCUUCCAGCGGCAGAGGGCACCGUGGCAAUGGCUCACCCUGCACCGUUAAUGCAGGCAACAGUUUUUUUGGUCAUGCUCAACGUGAUCCCUUGCGUUCCAAACAACAACCCGAUAAGGAGGGUGUCGGUGAGAAAAUAACAGAAUGCAGAGUACCGGACAAGCGUGACGGUCUUUGUGGGAUUGAAACAGCUUUUUCUAGCCUCAUUCCUGAAGGACAGCGGCGAGUAUAUUCGGCAUGCAUGUCGCUCACCCACCAACCCGGUUUCUGUGUUGUACGCACCCGGACUGUGCAGGAAAGCGUAACUUUCUUAAAACAUUUGGGCGCUGCUGUGGCACACCAGGUGGCCCGUGCUCUAGCGACGGGGUCCACACUGGCUGUGGGUAGCUCUUCUUUCGCAACUCAAUUAUCUUCACCUUUUCCUUCGUUACUACCAACUAUGCCGUCUCUGCAGCGUCUUCAGAAACUACAAAAGUCCUUGCGUGCUCAAACUGUAUUUCCACGCAUGCUCAUGUGCAUUCGGGGCUGCUCAUCUGCUCUAGCGCAAACAUUGUUCAAUAAGUACGGUAGCUUCUACAACAUCUGGAAAGAGCUUCAAGAGCGCGGUGCCUUGGCCUGUGAUGAGGACGAAGAUAUUGUGAAAUUGUCUGUGAGCCAGAAGAAAGUAUUCGUACUUCUCACUGAGUUCAUAAUGUCGAGAGAAUACUACUAA